AAGGGCACAAACGCCGACGUCACACUGUGGUUUAAUAUCGAAAUGAGACAGACUGUUUCUAACUCACUUGUCCGGUGCAUUGCUGUCUCCUAUCCACUUUGUCUUAACAGUACAACUACCGUCAUCGAUUCGGACAAAACGGAGAUGGCUAAAAAUAAUAGUUAAAAUGUAUGAUAGCAGAGCAGAGGUAACAAUUCUGCCAUCAGACUAGCAUGUGCUUCCUCUGUUCCUUGUCCGCACCUCUUACCAUCACAACCGGACCCCCUCCUCCUCCUCCUCACCUCAGGCUUUAUAAAAUGGGAGGUCUCCACACCAGCAUCACUUCACCCACAGCAUCUGCCUCGUCAGUCUGAUCCACUGAAGCACGCCCAGCCUAACCAUGAGCAGGAACUACAUGUCCAAGUAUGAUGAGCUCCGCAAGGGAGACUUCCUUUGGUCCAACAACAGGGAGUACAAGGCAGUCUUUCAGGAGGAUGGUAACUGGGUGAUCUUUGGCUGGAAACCAAUGUGGUCGUCGGACACAGCCGGCCAGCGCGACGCCUACCGCCUCUGCAUGCAGGACGACUGUAACUUUGUUAUGUACAAGCGCGACGACAAAGCCAUCUGGCACACCGGCACCCACAGGACGGAUGGCUUUAAGAUGUGUCGUUUGCACCUGCACGACGAUGGCAACCUGGUGAUCGAGAAGGACGGUGAAGAGGUGUGGAACUCCUCCCAGUCCAGGGGGAUGAAGUGAAGCUAAGGGCAUUCCUCCAUCUCUGCUGCACAGCCGCCCUGCCUCUAGCUGGGGGUGGUAUGACGAAGGGUUGGUUGGUUGACAAAUUGAAGUUGAAUAAAGAGCAAAAUAAAAAUGCA